AUGAAGUUGGCCGCCUCAUUCAUUCUCACCGCCAUGUCGCUCCUGGUCGAACAAGACGCAGAGAAAUACCGCCAAGACGAUUACCACAAGACAAAAACCGAGCUCGACGCCGACCUGAGUUUACCGCGAAUAAAAACCUACGACUUCAUCGUGGUGGGCGGCGGUACGGCGGGGUCUCUCGUGGCGGGCAGGCUGUCAGAAUUUUAUACCGUUCUACUACUAGAAAGCGGCGGCAGUCCGCCACCCACGGCGGCAAAUCCGUUUCUUAACGAAUUCGUGGGAACGAAUCCCGCAAUCAAUAAUAUUUUCGAGUCCGUCCCGCAAUUAAAUUUUGAUCAGGAGGGGGGUGGGAUUGUCAGAAGCCACACCGGUCGAAUGCUUGGAGGGUCGGGAAGUCACAAUGGCAAUUUUUAUAAUCGAGGCAACCCACGUGAUUAUGACAAUUUCGCGUUACUCACUGGAGACGAUUUUUGGCGAUAUGUCAAUGUUUUAAAUCAUUUUAAAAAUUAUGAGAACUUCAUUGGAGAUUUGAUCGUGGAGGAGAGUAGAAAUGAAUUUUAUGCAACUGGCGGACUCUUAACCGUGAAUACGGACAUGCCACCAAUUUUGGCGUCGUGGUUCCAAGCAGCAGCAGAACUUGGUUACCAAACAGGAGACCCCAACGGAAAUCAAACUGAAAGUUUUACCCCCGCUGCAAUGUCGGUCCAAAAUGGCGAGCGAGAAAGCACUUACACCGCUUUUGUCAAACCGUUCGAAUCCACGCGAAGUUCACUCACGGUUCUACGAUAUUCUGAAGUUGAACAGGUCCUCAUCAACGAGAGAAAAACAGCCUAUGGAGUCGUCUAUAAACGACACAGAAUCCCCCAGAUUGCCCACGCCAAUAAGGAAGUAAUCAUCUCCGCGGGCACAAUUUCGUCCCCCAUGCUCCUCAUGAAGAGCGGGAUUGGUCCGCAAGACGUUCUAACUGCGGCAGGCAUCCCCGUAGAAAUCAAUCUGCCCUGA